UGAUUCGGGGGCUGGGCCUAACUGAUUUGUACAGGAAAAUAACUUUUUAACUUAAUUCUCUGAUUUUGGCUGAAACAUCUUCAAAUUAUCACCUACCAUGAUUCCAUGUUUCGUCGCCAAAUGUCUCCGGUGGCCUGGCCAUAGCCCUCGGUGAUUUAUAUAGGCUUAUGAUGGACAGAUAAGGUAAACUUGUUGCUAAAGUAACCGCGAGCUGGUUAGCUCAGUUAGCUGCGCGGUUAGCUGCUUGAGCCCGAACAGGUACCUCUGAAAGCCCUCUUAGUCUUAGUGUCCGCGCUGCUGGCUUUAGCCCGCUGGGAAGAACACAUUUCAGGCCCGGAGAGGGAAAUGCUGGCAGGCAACGGCACCGGAAUGGGCACUAGAACCGGAGCCAGGCGAGCGGGUAACGGAAACGGAUUGAGUAUCCCCCCGGUGAACACCGCCGGAACAGUAUUAAAUACCGCAUCCAGUACCGACGGAGGCCAGUUUGAGAACCUACACUACAGCACCGAAAUGGUUUAUAGCGGUUCCGACCAGGACUCGGACUCCGGUGAUGACGAGGACACAGCGGGUUCCGGUGGAGACAGAAGAGGGGUGAAGAGGGAGCGCAGCGAGAGGGAGGUCGGACAUCAAGCGGCGCCCAGCUCCGCGGGCUUGAGCGGGGUUUACAGCGGGGUCAGUCCCGGAGUGCCCGGGGCUAAACCCGGUAAAAAAACGCGAGGAAGAGUGAAGAUCAAGAUGGAGUUUAUAGACAACAAACUGAGACGGUACACCACGUUCAGCAAGCGAAAGACCGGAAUUAUGAAGAAGGCCUAUGAGCUCUCCACGCUGACUGGAACCCAGGUGCUGCUGCUGGUUGCCAGUGAGACGGGUCACGUGUACACCUUUGCCACCAGAAAGCUACAGCCGAUGAUAACCUCGGAGACAGGGAAGGCUCUCAUUCAGACUUGCCUCAACUCUCCAGACUCACCACCUCGCUCUGACCCAUCCUCGGACCAGAGGAUGAGCGCCACAGGCUUUGAAGAGACUGACCUCACCUACCAGGUGUCUGAGUCUGAUGGCUGCUCAGAGGUCAACAAGCAGGAUCUGACCAAAGCAGGCUUUACUGCGUCUAACCUGCCUGGAUCCACACAGCCCACACCUUCCUCAUCCUCCACAUCUUCGUCCUCAGUGUCCAUGCAGGUGCAGACUAGUGCAUCUUCUUGGCAACCACGACCAUCCUCCUCCAACACCACCAACGGAACAGUGCUGAAGACACCUGAAAGUGUUGUGCUUGCUGGAGGCUUCACCCUGAUGCCAGGUAGGUGCCUCGCUGCCCCAGGGCGCACACACCAUUCCCCUCAGCCAGCUGCAGACACAGCCUCUAGCCAUCCAGGGCCCUGUGGUCCCAGGUCCCGCUGCCACACUGCACACUUCAUCAACACAGCCAGCCACUCUGCUUCGCCUUCCCACCAGCGCAUCCCUCUCAGGGGGUGGAGUCUCACAGCAGUUGCAGACCCUCCAGGUUCAUCCCAGCAGUCAACAGGCCUCCACCAAUCAGAGCAGCUCAGACAUACACAGCCCCGCCUCCGCCACAGCCAUUCUUCCUACCUCCAUCGUCCCAUCUUCCUCAUCCUCCUCUUCCUCAGUAGCCAGUCACAUGAUGUAUCCCAGUGGUCACACAGUGAUGUACACCACAUCAACACCUUCACUGGCCGAUGGCAGCCUUACAGUUCUCAACACCUUCCCCCAGACAGGCCAUUCUCAGUCUCAUGACCGUGUCCCACAGGUCUUUCUCGCCUCACUUCCUCCAGUCGCUGGUCAGAUCCCAGUCUCUGCGGUCCAGCUCCAUCCUGUACAAUAAAGCAGUUCUAACGCAGCACUAAUACUUCUAAUAAUACACACACUGGUACUGGGAGGUGUUGCAUCCCCUCACUGAUUUCAGAUGUUUUGUGUUUGCAGAUGGUGAUCAGUCAGCAGAGCAGCAGCAACCUCACAGAGCUGCAGGUCGUCAGUUUAGACAUCCACCAGUCAAAAGACGACUAAUGUCUUCAGAACUAUUUUUUUCUCAGUCCCAGUGUUUGUUUGAUGUGAUGAUGCGACAAACACCCUGUUUAUAUCUCAGAUGAUGCAUGAUGAGAUGAAUUGAGCCUGUGUUCCUUCGUGGAGUCUAAAACAACAAACAAGAGGAACAGAAAAUCGGUUACAGUAAUAGUCCUGAUAACAUGAGCUAUAAACGCUGCAAUGUAUUCUGACACAUAUCAGCAGAUUAAAAUCAAAAUGUGCUGCAUUCAGACUUUUACAUGUAAACAGAUGGACGUCCAGGUGUAGUAAUGCCGCUCAUUCACCUGUUUGUGUAUUAACGGUUUUUGUCCUAUGAAUGUGUAUGUUUAUGCAGUAUCUUGGUGUCAGUUUGGCUUUGAUGUGAAACAAAGUGCCAAAAGCAUUAAAAGGACAGUUUGCAAAAUAUGUUGCAUCAGUUUCAAAUCAACCUGGAGGGAGCAGGACUCUUUUAUUUGUGGGCAAAGUUUUACUGUUUGAAGUUCAUAUUUUAAAAAGGGUUCCUGAAUAAACUCAUGAACUCCCUUGUAAAUAAGUGAAAAAAAAAAAUCAUACGUAAACACAGUGUCCCCGGUUUGCUGUUUAUUUUAUGAAGUUACAAUUGUUUUCUGGUAAAUGUCUACCUGUUUCUGUUCUUUCUGUCGGAAUUAGGAUCUGAUUAAUGGUGUGGACACAGAUUUGUACAUGUAUGCGUUUAAGGACACCUGUCCACCUGAGAGUCAGUAUUUUACUAAGGACUUAAAAAGUCUGACAAUAACAUGUAUCCAUCACAGGCUCUGAUCCAGGUUCAGCUUCCGGGUUUGUUUGUUUUUUCCUACAAAUGUUUUCAGACUUUUUGAGAGUAGAAGAUGUUUUUGUUGUUUAAUUAUUCUUUGAGAUCACAAACUGAAUGGGUCGCAGUGUUUACCUCUAAAGUGGCUGGACCUUGGCAUGUUAUUUCUGGAAGUACAGGCAUCCUUUGUUGUUUGGCUGCAGGUUGUUUACACACAGAUGAUAAAUAAAUUGACUUUUGGACAGAAAA